AUGUCUGAUUCCGUCGAUAGAGUCUUCGCGCAUGCACUGCAAACCGUCCGCAAGAUCCCCCGCAAGGGCUCAGCGCGGCCGCCGCCCGAGGCGCGUCUCCAACUCUAUGGCCUCUACAAGCAGAGCAUGGAGGGCGACGUAGAAGGCGUGAUGUCGCGCCCGUCGACGCCCAACCCGACCUCCACCAGCACCUCCACCGUCCCGGUAGACCCCGACGCGCACCGCACCGAAGUCGACAAGUGGGAAGCGUGGCACGCGCAAGCGGGGCUAUCGCGCACGGAGGCCAAGCGGCGCUACGUCACCACGCUGAUCGAGACGAUGCACCGGUACGCGUCGGCGACGCCGGAGGCGCGCGAACUGGUCUCCGAGCUCGAGUUCGUGUGGGAUCAGAUCCGCAGCAACGUGCCGAGCACUCACUCGCAGUCGUAUGGGCACGGCGGCGGCGGCGGCGGCGCACAACUCGAGGAUGAGGAGCUGGAGAUGGAGCUGGGCCUCGGCUUGGUUAGCCCUAAGCCCUACGGCGAGGAGGUGUUUCCGAGUACCGGGGAGGAGGGCGAGCAGGUCCCGCGGGAGAGGGCGUGGAGAGGCCGCGUGGAAAAUGCACUGGCGAAGAUGGCGACGGAGGUGGCCGCGCUGAGGGAGCAGCUCGAGAGUCGGCGCGUGGAGAAGAGUAGGGCGAGGGCGAAGAAGGCGUGGGUGUGGUUCGCGUGGGCAGUUUGGGCUUCAGCAAGACACCUCGCCAUCGAAGCUAUAUUUUGGGGUCUGGUGCUACUGUGGAUGAGGAAGCGCGGGGAUAGGCGUGCCGAGGAGGCGCUUAGAGUCGUGGGCAGGUUCGUAAAGGAGGGAUUGAGGGAGAUGGGAUUGUUGAGGAAGAAGCGGUAG